CCCCACCCCGACCCCCCGAAUGUCAGUGUGCUCCCGGACGACUGUGGUCUCCACAAUGGACAAUACCUCCAGAGGCCUCCACUCCGUCAUGAAGUGGAAGACAGUCUUGGCCAUCUUCGUGGUGGUGGUGGUGUAUCUGGUCAGCGGCGGCCUCGUGUUCCGGGCCUUAGAACAGCCGUUCGAGAGCAGCCAAAAAAGCACGAUAGCCCAAGAGAAGGCGGAUUUCCUGCACAUGCAUUCCUGCGUCACCCAGCAAGAGCUCGACGCUCUGAUUAAGAAAGCCAUCGACGCAGACAACGCCGGGGUGAAUCCGAUCGGAAACUACUCCAACAUCAGCAGCCACUGGGACCUGGGCAGCUCCUUCUUCUUUGCCGGCACCGUCAUCACCACCAUAGGUUAUGGGAACAUCGCACCGAGCACGGAAGGGGGGAAGAUAUUUUGUAUCCUCUACGCCAUAUUCGGAAUUCCUCUCUUUGGCUUCCUAUUGGCUGGAAUCGGCGAUCAGCUGGGGACCAUCUUCGGGAAAAGCAUCGCGAGAGUCAAUCUGUGUACAUUGCCCGGAUACAUGAAGAAGCAGGUGAGUCAGACGAAGAUCCGGGUCAUAUCCACCAUCUUGUUCAUCGUGGCCGGGUGCCUGGUGUUUGUGACCAUUCCCGCGGUCAUUUUCAAGCAGAUCGAAGGCUGGUCGGAGCUGGAGUCCAUCUACUUCGUGGUGGUGACGCUGACGACGGUCGGCUUUGGGGACUAUGUGGCAGGGGGGAACACAGACAUCCUGUACCGGGAGUGGUAUAAGCCAAUGGUUUGGUUUUGGAUCUUGGUCGGCUUGGCGUACUUUGCCGCAGUGCUGAGUAUGAUCGGGGACUGGCUUCGUGUGAUAUCCAAGAAGACGAAAGAGGAGGUCGGGGAAAUUAAGGCUCACGCCGCAGAGUGGAAAGCCAACGUGACUGCAGAGUUCAGGGAGACCCGCAGGCGGCUGAGCGUAGAGAUCCAUGACAAACUCCAGAGAGCGGCCACCAUAAGAAGCAUGGAGCGCCGGAGACUGGGGCUGGACCAGAGAGCUCACUCUCUCGACAUGCUUUCCCCAGAGAAACGCUCGGUCUUUGCCGAGUUAGAGAACGGGCGCUUCAAGGCCUCGUCCCAAGAGAGCAUCAACAACAAGCCCAACAACCUACGACUCAAGGGGGUGGAGCAGUUCAACGCUUUGCACGGCCAAGGCCUCUCAGAAGACAACAUCAUCAACAGGUUUGGCUCCAACUCUUCCAAGCUGACCAAGAGGAAAAACAAGGACCUGAAGAAAAACCUCCCGGAGGACGUGCGGAAAAUUUACGAGAACUUCCGGAAGUAUUCCGUGGACGGAGAGAAAAAGGAGGGCGACCCCGACCGGCUGUCCACCUCGGACACGGCCACCCUCUCCGACUUCAUUCAGCACUCAAUCAUCGAGAACGGCUCGGUACCUAGCGAAACCAAAGACGAGGAGCACGAGGACAAAGCAUUACUUGAAGAACGCAACUAACGGGGCGCGUUUCAAGGUCAUCGCUCCGUCACGGCGCGACACAGCUGUGGGCUGCAAUUUGGGAGUGACUGUGAACUUUUCUUCUCCAUCCUGGAGCCCAAAGUUGGUCGGCCCGUUGACGAAGCAGUGACCUUAGACCCCUUCUGUGCUGGGAGGGGGAGGUCAAACGUCCCGUUGCCUGUUCCUCCAGCACGGAAGGGGUUAACCCAUCGCCCCGAUGUAAAAACUUUUGUUCACAUACAAGAAAAAAAAAAAAUCCGACAACAAUCGGUUACAUUUAUGGAGUUCUUGAGACAUGUGCCUUAUGCGGAUUUUUCAAUUACAUGGAGCUCUGUAAACUGCAUCGGUGGAAAUAUACU